UACAGAAAAAUAAUAACAACGACUUAAUAAUUGCAAAAGACGGGCCAUUGAUAUCGAAUCCAGGUUCUCUCUCUGGUAGCAUUGUAGAAAUAUCAAAUACAAUGAUAUAUACAAUUCUCAAUGCAUGGGGCAUAUUUGUAUCUCUCUGUAUCCAUUUACAAAUACAGCCAAGCAAAACAGAGAAAAGUGAGUCUCUGUCUCCCAUCUUUUUGAGUUUUAUGAUUUGAUGAGAAAGGAGAAGGGGGAGAGAAUAUAUCAUCAUGGAGAGAAGUAGAGAAGCAAGAAGGCCAAGCAUGUCAGCAAGCAAUGGAUUUCUCAAGUUACGCGAGCGACCCAGCAACAAGAGAAGUAUGAGAGAGCAGAGCACAAAACAGAGGAGGGUCAGAGGAGAUCAAGGUCACGAGAGCACUGAAGAAGGGAGCGUCGGCUAUUCCGAUGAGCAAGCUCCGCAGUUGAUGGUUGCCCAUGAAAUGAUCGGAGUUGCAGUGCCCAGAAAGGCUCGCUCAGCUUCUGGAAAAAGGUCACAUGAAUAUGCGUCUUCUGGGAAUUAUGGAGGAGCUGGGGAAGAAGAGAGUCUUCAGCAACUGAGCGUAAAAGCCGCCUCGCUAUCUUUUUCUAACGUUUCAGCGAGGAAGAAGAUGAAGCCAAAUGGACCCAAGAUUCGGCCUCCGAAGUCGACUAAAUCUUCUGAGCCUGUCGAAGAGGAUAUUGAGAUUGAGAUCGCUGAGGUUCUCGGGCUGAUGAAGCAAUCCAAGAGCUCCAAGGACCAGGAUAAUAUCAAAAACUCUACUUUGAAUCUCGAAGCUAAAGAUAGAAAUGUUGCAGAGCUCAAGGACAAGAAAGUGGAGGCUGAGAGUGGUUUAAUGGCGGUUCAGGACAGUUCAGUUUCUGAAGCUGGUGUCUUUGAAAAAAGUGACCAACCGGAAAAGAUUGAAACUUGUUCGCCGAAAUCAAACGGGGAACUGUGCAACCCGGUUCACCAUACGGGUCGUGAUGAAGGAGCAUCUGGGUCCAUAGAGUCGCAGAAGGAAGAUGCCAAACCAUUCAUGGAAGAGGGAAAAAGCAUCCUCCCAAAAGUUGAAUUGUCUUGGGAGGAUUUGACAGGGACAAAAGCCAUUUCAACUGGGUCGAAGCUUGGGAGCAAGAGAGAGGACAUGUUCAAAUUUGAUUUGAUGGCUCCUCCUCCCAUGGAGAAGGAGGACUUGUCUGAUUUUGCAUCUGAUCCUAAACCUCUGCCUCAAGAUGUAGAAAUGAUGGAAAUUUUGGUUAAGAAUGAAGAAAAAGUGGAAAAAUAUGUUGAGGAAGCUGUGGUUGAGAAAGUAGAUGAGAAGAAGAUGGAGACAAGUAAGGAAAAAUUUAAUGAAAACCCAAAUCAAGAUAGUGACAGUAAAUUACGACAUCAAGGUAAAAAACAGCAGCCUGAAGAUGUCGUUCUGAAUCCGAAACUGGAGAAAAUUGCUCAUUCUAGCUCAGUGCCCUUGGCCAUGGGAUCAUCCACCACACUUCAGCCUGCAAAUUCCCUCCUGUCUCAGCCACGGCGAAAGAGAUGUGCAACCCACCAUUACAUUGCUCAAAACAUUUUCUUGCAUCAGAAGGUUACGAAGACGAACAAUUUCUGGCCAGCAGAAACUGGUUCUGCUCCUCUUCGUGGCACCAAGCCAGACAUCUUCAAAGUCAUAUUGCCUGCAGAAAACAUAGUCAUUGGAAACCCAAUGCUUGGAAGCUUACCAGGUUUGAAUCUUCAGCAAUCACAGGAACACGAGCAGGGCAUGUCAAACUUUCAAGGUCAUAGUGGAAACGGUAAAAUCUCUGAGGCUGCCAAUUUCACAGAAACCUUAAAGAGAAAGCAUCUUGCAGUUCAGCAAGCUCCAGCCUCUGAUGGAAAUGAAAUGCAUGGACAUACUAUCACUUUCCCUCUGGGCCAACAUCAAGCGUCAGGGACAUCAAAUAGUAAUCAAUCUGGCCCUUUGAAACAUGCCAAAUCAACAAACAAUGCAUCACUUCCAAGCCACUCAGCUGCUAUAACUCCGAUGAGUUCUUCACCGUUGCCAACGGUAGCUGCAGUGAACUUUAUUAAUCCGAAUAUGGCAGCCAAGGAAGGUCCAUACUUGGCACUCAAUGGGUAUCCAUUUCCUAUUUCAACUCAUAUAGGAACAACACCAGCCUUUAGAGGAGGAAACCCUGCUCAACCGGUGCCUUUGUUUAAUGGGCCCUUCUAUUCAAAUCAGAUGUUCCACCCAUCACAGGUUCAACAGCAACAGCCUCACUCGCAGUUGCAGCAUCAGAAUGCAAACACUUCAAGUGAUUCAACACCAUCCCACAAGCAACAGGAGUCUCAGAAACUGAGGGAAGCACAAUUUAAUAGCAACAAUUUUUUGACCUCAACUAGCGUGCAAUCACAACAGUCACAAAAGCAGUAUGUGCUGCCGUCCCUUCAAUCUUGCAAGCUUGAGGGUGAGAUGAAUGGGGAUAAUACUGCAUCUCUUGCUGCCUCUCAUGCCCAAAAGAGUGUAUAUGGGCAGAACUUUGCAGUUCCAUUUCAACCCCUGAACUUUACCUUGAUGCCUUAUGUAACAUUGGGUGGUGGUGGGGGUGGCAGUGGAAAUCACAUUGAGGAAUCACAGCAUGGCAUCUCAUUUGCCUCCUUCAGUGGAAAUAACAGUACAGGUUCAUGCUUGAACUUUUCAACCAUGGCACAAAAUCCAGCGAUAUUUCAAAGCCUCCCAGACAUGGCUCAGCAAGGAUACAAAGUAGGACCGGCACCUCAAGCGGUGCAGAAAAAGAAUCAUCAAAUAUCCGAAAGGAAGACUGGAGGUGGUUCCAACAUUGCUGAUGAUGGGUUAAAAGCUGCUUCUGGGAAGUCUUCCUCAAGUAUUGGGCAAAGGCAGACCCUUGUUUUUGACAAUUCAGCAAGAACUCUUAACUUCAUGUCAUCCCCUGUCACUGGAAGCUGGCCUCCUCGGUCCAUCGCCUUGACUACCACAGCAACAAAUUCUCCUGUUGAUAGUAAAACAUCAUCAAAUUCUCAACAACAACACAUGUUCCAGUUUCAGCUUCAGAAGCCACAUACGUUACAACAGCAGCAACCUGCUAUUGCUGCCAAGUUCCCGAAGAACUCCCAUGCUUUCUCACAAGCUUUAGUACAAUGCAACAGUUCUGCCCAAGCUCCUCAGUUCUCAACUGUCGUGAGUUUUCCCCAACAACAAGGAAGAUCUUCACAAGGUCAGACUCAAAUAUCUUUCGGGGGAAACCACAAAUCAUCCUUACCACCACAAAGGCAACAGAUACUAACUAACAAGAACCAGUCUUCCUCUAGUUUGGUUGCUUCUUCAUCAAUGUCUACAUUACAGUCGCAUCAAACUGAGAAUUCUUCGCCUAGUGGUAAUGGCCAGAUGUCCUCUCCUGCUUGUGGUAGGAACUUGCCCUCAAUCUUGAGCACAUGUCCCAGCCACAUUUCUGAACUCAAGUACUAGAACAAUAUUUGCAACAACAGUGCCGUGACCUGAUAACUAUUAGCUCCAUAAGCAUCACAGUUGCUAAUAAAAUUCUGAUCCUAAAGGGGUGGUCUGGCGUGCUAUCUAGAAGCCAAAAAAACUUGUUCAAAAGGGGACUUGACAAUUUGGGAGCUUGUAGAGAGGUGAUGAAAAGGGGUACAAUGAAGUGAAAAGCCAAGUUGGUGGAGGAUAAAGUUCAAUGCAAGUCAGUGUUCUAAAAAAGUGCAGGGCUGGUCCUAAGAUUAAAGCGCACAUGUGGAGUUGGCUACCACCACCGUGUACCCUGCUGUUAAAGUGACCUGCAUGUUGAAGAGGGUCCUAAGAUUAGGUCUACAAUUUUGAUGAUGGAAGUAUGGGUUGGUGUGGGGGAUGCUAAAAGCUUCUUCAUAUUCAUGGGGCCUAAUUUAGAUUUGAUUGGUCUAAUCUCAUGGUGAUGUGUAAAUAUGAUAUUAUAUUUUUUCUGACUAUGAAGCAAUGGACUGAAAUUUUUUUCUGUACAAAUGAAUCUGCAAUUUUCUCUUUUGUUUUUGGAUGGAGUAGGGACCAUGGAAGAGAUUGAGGUCAGAAAAAGAAAUCAAAGAAGCUUAAAGAAAGACA